GAGGGGGCUCGGUGACGUCAGCGCUCGAAUGUCAACAAUGUAGCGAUUGAGGAGUAGGCGUUCCAGUACAGCGUAGCAGAACGGAGGAGACGGAGGAGGCGCGCCGCCGCUGGGCUCCGCGCGCACUCACACUCUCUCUCUUUCACACACACACACACGCACGCAGUGGCUACUAACCACCGAGGUCCCCCCCCCCCCUUCACCCAACAAAAGAGCCCGAACUGCACACCGAAACACAAUUUACUCCGCAACCCUGGGAGCGAAAGCGCUGACCCGUUCUGGAAGGAAGUCACCAUGUGAGAAAAAAAUGUGAUUUUCUGCGCGUACAUAAGGCUGAACUGCAAAGAAGAAAAAAAAAAAAAACGAAAGUUGAAGGUUCCUUCAUUUAUCUUGAUGCAGAAGAUGAGGUUCCUCUUUGUCCACAGAAAGAGGAAGGGCGAGAGCGGAAUGUCCGUGGAUGAGCAGCCGGAGGCCCCCAUGUACGUGUAUGAGUCGACGGUCCACUGCGCCAACGUGCUCCUGUGCCUGAAUGACCAGCGCAAGCAGGACCUCCUGUGCGACGUGACAGUGCUGGCGGAGGGAAAGGAGUUCCGCGCGCACCGCGCCGUGCUGGCCGCCUGCAGCGAGUACUUCCUGCAGGUGCUUGCGGGCCAGGCGGAACAUGACCCGGUCAUCGGCUUGCCCGAGGAGGUCACGGCCAGGGGCUUUGCCCCGCUGCUGCAGUUUGCCUACACCGCCAAGCUGCUGCUCAGCCGCGACAACAUCCGGGAAGUGGUCCGCUGUGCCGAGUUCCUGCGCGUGCACAACCUGGAGGACUCCUGCUUCCGCUUCCUCGAGGCGCAGCUGCUGAGCAAGGAGCGUGGGCUCCUGCGCUGCCCAAAGGCCGAGGAGGACAUCUCUGAGGAUGAGCAAACUCGGCCUGAGGCGCGGCCCGAUGUGCCGGCGGAGGUCACCGGCAGUGUCGCCGAUGGCCAGAGCGGCGGGGCGAAUUCCGAGCUGCCUCGCUGCCCCAAAUACCGGAAAUAUCAGUGGGCCUGCACCAAGCACAACAACAGCACCUCCUCACACACCAGUACCUCAGGUUUCCCAAGCACGCUUACGGAGACCGCCACGGAUGGCCCAGCCAGGCUGCCCGUCACACAGAUCAAGGAUGAGCCGCGGAUGGGGGAGGAAACUCUGCCGCUGUGUCUGUCCGGAGACGAGCGGGACCCCCGGGAAAAGGAUGGGAUUUCGGAGAUGGAAAUGGACAUGGACUUCAUGCAGCAAAGCCCCAUUUCUGCAGAGCGACCCAGGAACCACAAGUCACCCAACUGCCUCCGCUCCUUCUUCAAGAAGAACAUGAACUUGGUCAGCCUGCCCAGCUCUUCACAGCAGCUGCUUGCCGAGAGACUUUCUUGCCCCCAAGACAAAAGAGCCUCUCAGGGUGACCACAACAAUGAUUACGGUCCUUUUUCUGGGGAACUGGGCUUGCCUCUGACGUCCCUCAAGGAGAUUGAUACUUUCCCCGUUGGACUCUCGCUCAAGUCAGCGUCUUGCGAUGGGGUCUGCAAGCAGGAAGCGGAGCUGGACCGUAAGAGCGUUAUAUUUUCCUCAGGGGCUUGUGAGCGACUGGGAACCCCAGCACAUUCGUACCCUGGCGGAAACACUCUGGACAGGGAACUCACGGAGAUGGUGCCCAAGGGCCUGUGGGCUGGCGCCAGCCAAUCCUUGCCAUGUUCACAGACCUACCCUUCGAGCGUGGGUGCGGGGGAGCCCGUGACACACUGCCGCUCACGUCCUAAGUCAAGCUGCCCUGUUCCGAUCAAGGUAUGUCCUCGCUCUCCACCCUCGGAGACCCGGACCCGCACCUCCAGCUCCUGCUCCUCCUACUCUUACGCCGAGGACGGGAGCGGCGGCUCACCCUGCAGCCUGCCUCAGUUCGAGUUCUCCUCCUCGCCUUGCUCCGGCAUGACGCGCUGCCUGGCUGGUGAACACCAAGACCAGGGUGUGGCCGGGGAUACGGUUUUCGGUCAGGGGCGUCCCGAGAUCAAGUGCGAGCGCUCGUACGGCACCAACUCCAGUGACGAUUCGGGGUCUUUCUCGGAGGGGGACAGCGAGCCAUGUCACGCGCGGGAACGACGCUCAGAGGUCAAACUUCCUUUCCCAGUCGAUCAAAUCACAGAUCUUCCACGCAACGACUUCCAAAUGAUGGUAAAAAUGCACAAGUUGACCUCGGAGCAGCUGGAGUUCAUCCAUGACGUGCGGCGCCGGAGCAAGAACCGCAUCGCAGCGCAGCGCUGUCGCAAACGCAAACUGGACUGCAUCCAGAACCUGGAGAGCGAGAUCCGCAAACUGGUGUGUGAAAAGGAGAAGCUGCUGACUGAGCGGAACCAGCUGAAGGCCUGCAUGGGCGAGCUGUGGGAGAACUUCUCCUGCCUGUCCCAGGAGGUGUGCCGCGACGUGCAGCUGAGCCCGGAACAGGUCCAGUCUCUCCACCGCUACUGCUCAACGGUGCCGCGGACCGUGGAAUCUGGCACCGCCUGCUCCGCCCCCUUCACCGUCACAGCCAACGCCACCACCAGCAUCGACCUCACCGUCAAUUCGGACUCUCCCAUCCCCGAGCCGGGCUUCCCCGCAUCCCCUUGCCCUUCUGAAAGGGAGCCUGGCUCCGCCCCCUGGGAGGCGGUCAAUGAUGCUAAUGCUCUGAGGGGUGUUAUGGCAUGGGAGGGGCAUCACUCAGGCCCCUCCGACGAGGCCGGGUCUUCGUUUGAACGCUGCAGCCAGACCGUAACGGUCGACUUUUGCCAGGAAAUGACUGAUAAAUGUACAACUGACGAACAACCCCGAAAGGAUUGCACCUAACGCCUGGAAAGAAAGAAAAAAGAAAAAGAAAGAAAGAAAGAAAGAAAGACAGAAAGAGGUGCGAUAACACGUACUGAGCUAGGACCCCCCCCCCCCAUCCCCCCACGUCAGCAAUAUCAGUAUCGCCAGUACACCACUGGUAGUGUUUUUAUACUCUGUAAGCACUUCCUUUGCAGAUGUCGCUUUGAAAUGUAAAUAAUAAGGAACUAUGGAGUGUCACUUGUGCAUGGAAAUGUUUUGUCAGAAUAAGUUCAGUUUUUGUUUUCUUGCUCCCCC